GUAAAGCGAGGCGAAAAUUUUGGUCCUAAUUGUAAGAAGGCUGAGUUAGUUGUCUCCGAGAACACAUUGUGCAUCCAUGCAUAUCCUCAUUUACAUAGCCUUAUGUACUACGAUCGCCUUUGUCCGAGCGGAAGCUGAGUAUUUCAGUGCUACAACUGAAAUAAACCGAGCCUUGCAGGUUGGUAAACAGCUGGCUUCGGAUCUACUGGUUUACGUGGACUUGGAACAAACCCGGCUGGAGAGGAUUCGUAAAGUAGCCCAGCGGCUUGCACUGGACGGAAUCACGCCGGAGCUACUGAACUCACCCGAAGAUUUUUUUUCAAACCCCGUGAAUGCGUACCUCACUGUACGUCGCUUGGCUGUCAAUUGGAAAACGGAUUUGUUGUCGUUACUAGACAGCCCGAAAGAGGUUGAUGAUGACAAAUCAUUGUCAGUGGACAAGCAUGAGUUGGCGAAAUUACGUGCUCGAGUGGAAGAGAGUGCGCCGUUGCUUCCCGGGGAUUCAGAUUUAAGUGGGGCUGCUGAAGCACUGCUUCGUUUACAGGACACUUACAAGCUGGAUGCUGACAACAUUGCAAACGGAAAGUUGGUCACUGACCUCAAGAGUCCAAGAAUGACAGCCGCUCAGUGCGUGCACUUGGGACAACAAGCUUAUGAGUCCAAUAACUUUUUACGCGCGGAGGAAUGGUUUCGUGUGGCUUAUAAGCGAUUAUGGGAAGAAUUAGUGGGAGCAGAACAAACCGGUGAAGAAGGAAUCACUGUCAAUACCACAGACCCCCAGGAGUACACUUUAAGCAUACCGGAUGAAGCUCAGCCAUCUGCCACCUAUAUCCUGGACUAUCUAGCCUACGCACUUGGACGAGUAAGCCUUUCGUAUUUACAAUACUGCUUACGGGCGUUAAUGGGUCACAUGUUCAAAUUUCACAUCCCAACCCCCGCAUCCAACCCCGGCCCAUCAGCUGAGAGGGCUAUCUACGGCUUUGUCAUAUACAUUGCCUCUUUCAUUUGUUUUGCAAUUUACUUCAUUUGGGCCUACGUCCCACAUGCGAUCCUACAUGCUAUUGGUAUCACCUACCUACCUCACAGACAUUGGGCAAUUACCGGUGCCAUCCUACCACUCGUCACGUUCGUCACUGUCGUUAUCAUAUAUACUCUGAAUCACCAAUCAAUUGUCCUUCCACUCACUUCUUUCAACCUGACCGAAGAUGAGUAUUCCAGAUUCCGCAACAAUAAUGGUCUUCCUACACUUGACCAUAGCGAACACUGCGGAGCUGUCAACUUGGUAGUGGAGGACUUACCUCUGGCUUUGGUGAUGGAGCAACUUUACCUAAACCCUUUGGCACUCAAUAAACCCAACUGACAAAGACGGUUAAUGUUCAGACAUGACCUUUGGCUUUACUUUAAAGUCUACGCAUGAUGUAGAUUUAAAUACCAUUGUAUUAUCGUUACCCGUCAAAUUAUUUUCAUCACUUGCGCUAUGCGUCUCAUAAUUAUCUCAAACUAUUACAGUCCUUGUGAUACUUCAGC